CACGUGGAAAAGUGUCAAACUGACAUAGAUAUAUCAAUAAAUAUCCCGUCUAUAGUAGAUCUAUACGGUGUAGGGGCAAACAGAUAUUUUUGUGUGACUGUUAAAUGCACAGUUAAUGCAAACGUAUUUAAGUGACAAGCAUAAACUUUUUAGAGAUUGUUUUAGCGUUAUCAGCAGAUAAACACAGUGCUCUGUCGUCAACAACCAACAUGGCGGUCAGAACCCUUGUUGUCGUGUUGGCAGUAAUAACAAUUUGCAGUUCUGCAAAAUACAAACAAGGAGAAAAGGUUAUUCUGUAUGUGAACAAAGUUGGGCCAUACUUCAACCCCCACGAAACAUAUCACUACUACCAGUUGCCAGUGUGUCGACCCAAAAAGAUAGAACACAAAAGUUUGACCCUGGGAGAAGUUCUUGAUGGAGAUCGCAUGGCAGUUUCACUUUAUGAAAUGAACUUCAAACAAAAUGCAGACAAGAAGGAGUUAUGUAAAGUGACCUUCAAGGAGAAUGACCUUCAACUACUGAGGGAUGCCAUUGAAGAUCUUUAUUACUUUGAAUUUGUUAUAGAUGAAAUUCCAGUGAGAGGUUUCAUUGGACACUUAGAGGAGGGGGGCUUCCUUCCGCACAAUCAUAAAAUAUUCCUGUGGGCACAUCUUAGUUUCCAUAUUGAAUAUAAUGGAGACCAGAUAAUAUUUGCCAAUGUGUCAACGAAGGAACAAGCACCUGUUAGUUUAGAUGCUGUGGUUGCCCCGUUUGAGGUCUCCUUUACGUACAGUGUAAAAUGGACUCAAACAAAUACACCAUUUGAAGAGCGAGGCAAGAGAGUUCGAGAUACCAGUUUUUUCCCUAAAUACUUGGAGAUCCACUGGCUGUCCAUCAUUAACUCCAUGGUGCUUGUAUUUCUCCUCAUUGGAUUUGUUGUAAUCAUCAUGACUCGAGUGUUGAAAAGUGACUUUGCCAGAUACAAUGUGGAUGAUGAAGAUGGAGAUGAUCUUGAUUCAGAUGAAAACGGAUGGAAGAUCAUCCAUACCGAUGUGUUUAGGUUCCCACCCCAGAAAAAUCUGUUUUGUGCAAUAUUAGGUGUGGGGAGCCAGUUCUUGGCUUUGGCCACGGGGAUAAUGGUGAUGGCUGUACUCGGCAUGUUUAAUGUUCACAGGCAUGGUUCCAUAAACUCCGCAGGCAUUGUCCUCUACGCCUUCACUUCAUGUAUAGCUGGUUAUGUGGGCACCAACACAUAUAGGAAACUAGGGGGAGAGAACUGGGUGUGGAAUAUCAAUCUGACUUCCUGUCUCUUUGCAAUGCCCUUCUUCCUGAUUUGGGCAGUCAUCAACUCUGUGGCAUGGGGUUAUGGGACAACCCAGGCUUUGCCUUGGACCACUGUUGUAUUGCUGAUGUGCCUAUGGGUAUUUGUUGGCUAUCCUUUGACUGUGAUUGGUGGAAUAUUUGGCAAAAAUUGGGCUCAUGGAUUUGAUGCCCCUUGCAGGACCAAAAAUAUUGCCCGGGAAAUUCCACAGGUGCCCUGGUAUAGAUCAGCUUUUGCCCAUUGUGUGGUAGGGGGAUUUUUGCCCUUUAGUGCGAUAUCUGUAGAGAUGUACUAUAUAUUUGCCACACUCUGGGGCCGGGAGCAGUAUGCUCUGUACGGAAUCUUGUUCAUCGUGUACGGAAUCCUGAUCGGAGUCACUGGCUGCAUUUCUGUCGCCCUCACCUACUUUCAGCUUUCAGCUGAAGACUAUCGAUGGUGGUGGCGAUCCAUCUUCAGUGCUGGAUCCACUGGCAUUUUUGUGUUCCUGUAUGCACUGUUCUACUACUUCAAAAGGUCCAACAUGUCGGGUGUCUUACAAACAAUCGAGUUUUUUGGCUACACUUUCCUGACCUGCUACGUUUUCUUUCUGAUGCUCGGAACAGUCUCCUUCUUCGCAUCCCUGCAUUUUGUCAGAUACAUUUACGUGAACUUGAAAAUGGACUGAAUGUAAAGUUGAAAAAUGAAACUUUAAUUUAUUUUUAUUUUUCAGUCUGUUACAUUAUAUAUUUGGUUUUAAAAUUGUUAUUGGUUAAGGAAAGCUGGAUAUUGUGUGCUUCAUCAAUGUCAAGAAUGAGUAUAAUUUUUUAGUUGUUCAAAACUGUUGAAUCAUAGAUCACAUCCUACGUGUACAAAUGUUUGUCAAGAUGUGUGUUUACAAUGCUACACAGUGUGUGUCUCUUGGUUAAGAAAUAGGAUUGAUUCAUGUGAUAGUUGUACCCUCAGCAUGUAAGCUGUGAGGGGAUGUGCUGGAAUGACUAUAUCUUAUACCCUCAGCAUGUAAGCUGUGAGGGAUGUGCUGGAAUGACUAUAUUUUGGUGUUCCUCUUUUGUUUUCUGAAGAUGAAAACGUGAAGGACAGAUCUUUAAUUCCCAGUCUGUGGAAAAUUGCAUCCACACCAACCUUGUCCAUACAUGUGAGGACCAUUACUUACGAGUGUGAAUGCUUAGCAUACAUGUGAUUUAGAUGCUGCAUCAGAACGACUCUUUGUUACGAUCCUAUACCACUCUCAUUGGGAGAGUAUCGAAAGACUGAUACUGAAGUAAAAAAAAAAAUAUGGCCGAGGCCAGGACUGAGUAACUGAUGCAGAAUUAUUUUUUUUUGAGUUUCAUACUUACAUGUAGUACAAAGGUUACUUAUGGACAACAGGUGUGCUCAGGCCCACAAAUGACAGUUACAUUGUAGGUCAAGGUCACUGGGAUUGAUAGUGCCACUAUUCCAGUGGUAUCCUGUGUCAUUAGGACAGGUGGAAAAUUAUUGCAGGCAUAUCCCUCCCUCGUCAGUUAAGUUUUUGUGUUCAUAAAUGAAGGUGUGUGCUGUUUUUAUAAACUAAAGAAAAGUGAUCCAUAAAUUGUGUAAUUUGGGACACCCAUACAUUGCAUUAUUAGGGACCAGUUUUAGGGUAAAAAAUAAACCAUGGAAAUUUUAUGUUGGUGAAUGAAAGUGAGUGAAUGCCAAGAAAAUGAACACAGAGUAAUAGUGGAAUGCAUCGAAAGUGGGGCAAACGGUGAAAGUGGGACAAACAGUGAAAGUGGAGCAAACAGUGAAAGUGGGACAAAUGCUGAAUGUGGGGCAAACACUGUUGAGUGAUUACUGGACCUUUUUCCUGGUUUUUCAAAAAUCAAAAUUUGAUUGCUACAGAAAGAAUAAAGAAAUUGUAGAUGAGUCUGUUUUAAUUAUUCACAUUAUGUUGAUUAACCAAAAGGUUUUGAUCUUUUUGUGAAACUGAAUUAUCUCCAUUUGGAACUUGUUUUCUACUGUCUAUUUUCACAAUCCUCACAAAAUUUAUUAAAGCAUGUUUACAGUCAGAAAUACUAAAUACAUGUAAAAGAGAGUGAAUAUACAAAUGGUGAGCCAAAUGUGAAUGCUACGGAAGGAAUUGAGUGCUGAGUGAUCAUUGGGUGGAAGCAAGCAUUGAGAGCAUGGAAGCAAACAGAGCAAGUGUGGAGUGACUGGAGCGAGUGUGGAGUAACUUAGGAGCGAGUGUGGAGUGACUUAGGAGUGACUGGAGCAAGUGUGGAGUAACUUAGGAGCGAGUGUGGAGUAACUUAGGAGCAAGUGUGGAGUGACUUGAGAGCGAGUGUGGAGUAACUUAGGAGUGACUGUGGAGUAACUUAGGAGCGAGUGUGGAGUAACUUUGGAGCGAGUGUGGAGUGACUGUAGAGUAACUUAGGAGCAAGUGUGGAGUAACUUAGGAGCGAGUGUGGAGUAACUUGGGAGCGUGUGUGGAGUAGACAUAAAGAAGUGGUAGUAGAUUGUUUUGGGGGACUAUACCCCAUUUUCCUAGAAUAUAGUUUCUUGGCAGAUGUUAUUAUCAUUUAUCUUUAUGUAUGAAAUGUACUUUAACAUUGUACUUUAACAGUACAUGCUGUUUGGUUGAAAUUUAUUUUUUAAAUAGUUUGCUGAUGGGAAAAUAACAUUGCAUAAUGAAUUGUUUUAGAAAGUAGAUUUUUAUUAGGAAGUUCAUUUUUUUUUUUUGAAACAGUAUGGUAUACACUGUGAUUGGACUUUUUGAAUAUCCUGUUGAUGAGUCUUCCCAAUGUACUAUAUUGUGGUAAGAUGUACCGACAGAAUAUAGUUUUGUUAUAAUAAUAAUAAUAAUAAGACCUUUAUUUAACCAGGAUUACAUAUUUAGCGAUAACGCUAGUUUUCAAUAUGGUCCUGCAUAUAACAUACAUACAGACAGAUAUUAGUAAAAUAAACACAGAUUAAAAGAAGUAGAAUACAUAUAAACUUAAGAAAUAAUUAUGAAUGUAAGAUAAAUAGAAUACAAAAUGAAGCUUAAAAAGUAUGGUGAUAAUCUCUAAGAUAAUUUCUCUUAAAACACGCAACACUCGUUGAGUUUCUUAUGUUUUGAUUCAAGGCAUUCCACACUGUGCUCCCUGAAAUGCUGAAAGAUCUUCUAUAAUAUUCUGUUUUUGCCCUGGGUAUAUACAAAAUAUUUGAAUAAGAAUUUCUAGUUUGCCUCUGACUGACUUCUGAUACAUAUUUAAAAACAUUUAAAUAAUCUGGCAUUAAACCAUGUAAAACUUUAUACACUAAAAUGACUUUUCUAUAGACAAAGUAAUCUGAUAGAGGCAACCAGUUAAGUUCUGUAAACAUGACAUUAGAUGGUGUUUCAAAAUUUCUGAUGUUAAGAAUUACCCUUGCAGCUCGUUUUUGCAAUAUAAAAAGCUUAUUCACAUUUUCAGCAUUUCUUGGAUUGCUCCAUAUAGUACAACAAUAUGUAAAAUGUGGAAAAAUCAUAGUAUUAAAAAUCUUCAGCAGCGCAUCGUUUGACAUAAAAUAUCUUAUUCUUCUUAAAAUGCCAAUUCUCUUGGAAAUCUUGUUCAUAAGUGAUUCUAUAUGACUUUUCCAGGACAAAGUUUCAUCAAUAAUAAUACCAAGUAAUUUUGACUCCUGAACACAUUCUAUGACAUGGUUAUUUAUCACUAAAUUUAAUUUUCGAUACUUUGAUAAUUUUUGUGCCGAUCCAAUAAGCAUACAUUGAGUUUUAGACAGGUUUAAGCUUAAUUUAUUUUCCUUAAUCCACAUUAUACUGCGCUGAAGAUCUUCAUACAUCUUUGACUCAAUAUUUUCCACUGACUUAUCUGUUACAUCUUGUGAAGUAUCAUCUGCAUACAUAUUUACAUGAGAAUGUUUCAGUGCUUGUGGAUAGUCAUUAAUAUACAGGAUAAAAAACAAUGGGCCUAAAAUAGAGCCUUGCGGAACUCCAAUGGUUACAUUUCUUUCCUCCGAUAAAUUGCCUUUCCAAAUAACUCUCUGUGUACGAUUUGUUAGAUAUGAUUUAAACCAUUCAAAAGUAUCAUUGCAUAUGCCAAAUGACUUGAGUUUGUGUAAUAAAACCUUGUGAUUUAUAGUGUCAAAUGCUUUCCGUAAGUCUAUAAAAAUUACACCAGUAAGUUUACCUUCAUCAAUAUUUUUAAGCCAUCUAUCUACUAGAGAAAUAAGAGUACUUUCACAUGAGUGUUUUGGCCUAAAACCAGACUGACAAUCUGUAAUUAGAGAAUUUACUGACAAAUACUCAUAAAAUGAAUUAAAAACAUGCCUUUCUAAAAUUUUGCUCACACAAGGUAAAAUGGAUACAGGCCGAUAAUUAUUAACUAGACAUUCAUCCCCUGAUUUAAAAAGUGGUACAACUCGUGCCUUUUUCCAGUCAUCUGCACAAGUACAUGAAGAUAUGGAAUAGUUGAAAAUAUAUGCAAGAAUAUCACAUACACUGUUUGAUGAAAGUUUUAGAAGUUUGACAGAGAUACCAUCCAAUCCUGUUGCCUUUGAUGCAGACAUACAUUUUAUCUCAUUUUCAAUAAAUUCUGCAGUUAUACCUGGUAUUGUAUAAGAAUUUUUAGGCAUUUGUUCUUCAACUGUAGGUAAAGUGUCAUCAAAAUGUUUUCCUAGCUCAUGACCAAUGUUACAAAAGUAAUUAUUAAAACAUUCGGCAAUAUCCUUUGUAUCUUUAAAAAUUACGUUAUUGUCCUUAAGAAAUGUACAGUUUGUAUUCGUUUUCUUAGAUGGUAAGAAUUGCCUAAGUUUGUCCCACAUGUCCUUGGGCUUGUUUUCUGCCUGGGAAAUUGCUUCCUCAACAAAUGCAUGUUUUGCCUCCCUGAUCUUUUUCGUCACCCUGUUUCUUGAUGCUCUGUAUAGGUUCCACGCAUGAUCAUCAUUACUCUGUGUCGCCUUUUUAAAGAGGUGUUCACGACAGUGCAUUUCUGUAAGUAUGUCAUCGUUUAUCCAUUCUUCUGAACGUGAGUUAAUUCUUCUUUCUUUUAGAGGAAUGUGUUUAUCCACCACUUCAAAAAAUUUAGAAUAAAAGAAUUGCCACAUAGUAUCAAUAUCCACCAUUUCACAUAUGGGACUCCAGUCAAUAGUGUUUAGUUCUUCUUGAAAACUGCUCUCAUUUAAGUUUUUAAAAUUUCUAUAUUUAAUAUGAACGUGACUGUUUGCACCGGCUCUAAUUUUACCAUUUACAGCGUAAAUCAAGUUGUGGUCACUUAAUCCUAUUGGGAAUACUCCUGAUGAAGAAAACUUAUCCGGACUAUUUACAUAAAUAUGGUCAAUUAAAGUACUGGAGUCUUUAGUUUCACGUGUAGGGUUUUUUAUCAGUUGCUGAAAUCCAAUGUUUUUCAUGAUAGUCUUUAAACGCUUUGUCUUGUACUCAUCCACAUUGAAAUCGCCCAUAAUUAGAAUAUCUUUGUGUUCUGCUAUUAGUUGUUCAAUCCGCCCCUCAAACUUCUCUAACCAAUCUACUGUGGAAUCUGGAGGUCGAUAAGAUAAAGCACAGGAUGUCUUAGUCGACUGCCCAAUAGAAAUCACAAAUUCAAGCAUUUCCAAAUCAUCCAUGAUUUUUAUGUUUGUAAUGGUAAAUUUUUCUUUAAUGUAGACUAAUAUUCCACCCCCAUUCCGGUUUCUAUCCCUCCUCAGAAUUCUGUAACCAUUCAUUGAUAUUUCAGAAUUUUCUAUUUUGUUGUCCAAUUUACUUUCAGUCAAGGCCAGAACAUCAAAUGCACCUUUACGUAGCAUUAUUUUGAUUUGAUCCAAUUUACUUAAAAUUCCUCUCACAUUCAAGUGUGCAUAUAAAAUUCCCUUAGGUACAGUUUCCAAAAAUUUCUCAAGAGAUAGGUCAACAUUAAAGCCAGUUGAAAUUUCACUUAUACAAGAGUCACACAGCCAUUCUACCUGAUUAGGAAUUUCCAUGGUUUGGGUUGUAGUUUUCACUACCUGAUUACAUCCAAUUGUUGGCCUUCAGACGGAAAAUUUCAUUGUUGAAUGCAUCACUGCCCUGUUUAUCAUUCUGUACACGGUAAGGGUCAUAAAAAAAGCUCAGGAUGAAAUAUUUAACUGUAGUCCAUUACAAUUCAAAUGUUUUAUAUCUUUCAUCUACUGUAAAGAAGUUCCAAGAUUUCAUGAAGACCACCAGGCACUCGGAUUUCUCAAUGUUUUGUUUGCUGUUUAUUUCUCAAUAUAAGCAGCAACCUUUCCACUUGACAUAAAACAUACAUAUAUUUAUCAAAAGAAACAUUAUGAAAAAUUCAGUUAUUAGGAAUAAUUGUCUGUCUGUCUGUAUUGCUGCGAUAUGAAAAACAAUGGAAGCAUAGGGUAAUUUCUUCAACCAUUUAUAUACAGAAAUACACGCAUACCGGUUCGCUUUGUAACCGGGAGGCUGUGAGUUCAAGCCCUGCUCGGACCAUGGUUGCAUCAAACCUAAGACGUUUCAAUAGGUAAUGAUUACUCCUUCGCCAAACCCUCGGCAUUUAGAAGUGAGAAUCACGGAUCUUUUAAAUAUGACCUUAAAAACGGAGGUCCCAUGUCGCGGCAGGCAUUGGCAUGCUAAAGAACACGGCUACGUAGAAAUAUGAAUUUACUCCUUAGGAAUAUCUUAAACACUUGAAUACAUCUUUCUUGUUGUAUAUAUUCACACCAGAGUACAUGUAUGUUUUGUUUAAAUGUUGGAUUACGGUAACUGCUGUGACAUGGAAUAGUCAAAUUAACAUUUUGUCUCGGACUUUGCAGGAUGAUACAUGUAUCUGGGAUUUUUUUUUUCACAAGUAAAAUUUGAUGAAAAUAUUGAAAUUUACUCUGAAUUUUAUGAUUGGAAUGGAAGUUAUAUAGCCAUAAAUUUGUAAUAUCUGUGGUUGAUGUAAUAAAAAGUAUUGCAAAAAAGAAAAUUCGUCCGGGACUCAAAAUUUAUUUGUUAGAUCUAUUUUGAAAUUUCAUAUAAGAUUAACGAAGAGCUAGAUUAUGACAUGCGUUGAUGAAGUGCAAGCAUAUUUACAUUAUCUGGUUUAUGUACAAGAGAAUAGUAGAACUAAUCCUUUAGAAUACUGAUUUUUGUGUGAAAAAUCCCAUAGAAACCUUGAAACUUACCAAACUUAUUUUCUUGUGAAAAAUGCAGUGUGAGAGUUGUGAAGCUAUGUAGGUUUAUAAACACUGUGUAUUCUGUUAAACCCAUUGUAUGUUUUUAAUCACUUUGGCUUGAUGCUGUAUUCAUGGUAAUCUUUCUUUUUUGUUGUUGAAUCAUUCAAAAUGUGUGAUAAUUGUUGAUAUUACAUGAGUGUCUUUGUGAGUUCUAAGCUGCUCUACAAUAUCAGAAGAUUUUUUUUUUGUGCAUACAGGAGUACUUGUGUAUAUAUUAAGUUUAAGGAUGGGUGUCUUCACAUGAUAUAAUGUUAUUAGAACUUGGUUAUUGCAACUAAAAAUUGUUUUUUAAUCCUUUAUCGCAAGACAUUCAAUGGAUUUAGAACUAGAAAUGAUGUUUGAACCAGUUGUGUAAAGUCAUCUGACAUCAGAAGAGUGGUGUGGAGAAUGCUCAAUGAUGUGUGAAAAAAAAUUAAGAUCAAGGUGAUGUUUUCAAGAUUUAUUUACCAUAUUAUGUAAUGCUGUCAAGUAUAUGAUUUAUAUGAAUAUAUUUUCAUUGUUACAUUUAUCAGUUUCUCAAAUAUUGUCUUGGUAUGAUCAUUAUAAUGACUGCUUAUCUAGGUCUAUAAAUACUGUAAGAUCUUCUAUCUAGGUCUAUAUAAAGACUGUAAGGUCUUCUAUCUAGGUCUAUAUAAAGACUUUCUAGAUCUAUGAAUACUAUAAAAUCAUCCUACUAUAAAAUCACAUACUAGGAUGGGGGUCCAAAAUUGAUAGGAAAAAUCACAAUCCUGUCUUUUGUUUUUCCUGUUCACUGUUGUUAAAUCAUGGAAGAUUUAUUCAUACCAUAAAAACAACAAAAACGAAAAUCCCCUACUAAAACGUGUGAUUUUACAGUGAUGGCAACACCUGGUGUUGUGUUGGGAUCUCUCACAAAUUCUGAAAUAGAAAAAAAUUUAUAUUGUUUUGGGAUACCUGUUGAAUAAAUCUAAAUGGUAUUCUA